AUGAGCGAAAAGCUCCCCGUUGUGCUAGACAAUGGGAGUGGCUUUCUCAAGUGUGGUUUUGCGGGGUCAAACUUUCCUGAAGUCUUCUUUCGGACCGCCGUCGGCCGCCCCGUUCUCCGCCAGACUAAAGUGAGUGAAGGCAGGAGUAGCAAAAGAAAAGAUACACAAGUGGAUCCACUGACGAAAGACCUUGUAUUGGGUGAUGAAUGUAAUGGUGCUCAUCAUCUUCUAGACAUGACCUUUCCAAUACACAAUGGCGUCAUCCAGAAUAUGGACGACAUGCGUUAUCUGUGGAAGCAUGCUUUUCACAAUUUGCUUUCUAUUGAACCAGAGGAUCACAGCUUACUAAUAUCGGAGGCACCGCUCUUUAGUCACAAAGACCGCGUUAAGUUGUACGAGGUCAUGUUCGAGGAAUUCAAAUUUCCAUUCGUACAGUCCACACCGCAGGGAGUCCUCUCGCUGUUCUCCAACGGCCUGCAGACGGGAGUUGCAGUCGAGUGCGGCGAGUGCGUGUCGCAUUGCACACCCAUUUUUGAGGGUUAUACAAUCCCCAAGGCGAACAGACGGGUAGACUUAGGUGGGCGGAAUAUCACCGAGUUUCUUGUCAGGCUUAUGCAGCGGCGCGGAUAUAGUUUUAACCAAAGCAGUGAUUUUGAAACGGUGAGGUGUAUUAAGGAGCGGUUCUGCUACGCUGCUGUGGACCCCAAACUGGAGCAGCGACUAGCGCUUGAGACAACGGUGCUAGAAAAGACAUUCCUACUACCGGAUGGUUCCAGUUGCAGCAUCGGACAGGAGCGCUUCGAGGCGACGGAGGCGCUGUUUCAACCACGUUUAAUAGACGUCGAGUGCGAGGGCAUUUCCUCCCAGCUCUGGAAUUGCAUUCAGGCCACAGAUAUUGACGUGCGGUUUGCUUUGUAUUCGCACGUUGUACUUUCCGGUGGCUCAACCAUGUUCCCCGGUUUUCCCAGUCGUAUUGAGCGCGACAUGCGAGCCGCCUAUUCCGAGAGAAUAGUUAAGGGGGACCCAGAGAGGCUCUCUCGUUUUCCACUGUGUGUUGAAGAUCCACCUAGGCGUCGCUGGAUGUCGUUUUUAGGUGGAGCAGCCCUUGCGGCGGUGACGGCUGGCAAUCACGACAUGUGGCUUAGUAAGAAGGAGUGGGAUGAAGGCGGUGCUUCUGCCAUACAGGCCCGAUUUGGGGUUUAG